CAAUGGAACCUGGUCCGCAACCUUUGAUCCUCCGACAAUGGAAGAACCAUCUCCCACACGACGUCGUACUGAACAUCUUGGUAACGUUACCAGUCAAGUCCCUCAUAAGAUUCAAGUGCGUUUCCAAACUCUGGGACUCCUCAAUCACUAGUCCUAAUUUCAUCUCCACCCACCUUAAUAUCGUCAACAACAACAACAACAACGAUGAUAAUGAUCAUGCUUAUCUCAUACAAACCUGUAUUGAAUAUAAUUCUCCUAAGAUUCCAAUAACCUAUAAGGUUUUUUGUUGUGACCGCACGUUUGAUUCGCUUUUUGAGUUUUCAGUUCCCUCUGAUUUUGAUUUAAACAUGUCCUUAUUGAUCGGUUCGUGCAAUGGUUUAGUGUGUCUCACUCAGCAUCGAAGACUUUCCGCUACUUCUGAUGCUAUAUAUUUGUGGAACCCCAGCAUUAGAAAAUUUAAGAGAUUGCCUGAUUCGUGUUCUAAUGGCAAAGAUUUUUGGUUUUCUACCGGAUUUGGUUAUCAGUCCAAGACAAAUGACUACAAAGUUGUAAAGCUUCGGGGUACUCCAGUUGUGGCUGAGGUUUACACAUUAAGCUCUGACUCGUGGAGAAAGGUUGAAAUCUCGUUCAGAUCCAAAGUUGUAGGUGCUAUACCUUAUUCGUUUCCCCUAUUUUUUAGUGGGGCUUUGCAUUGGUUUGCUUAUUAUAGUGAAGGGGGAAGGAAAUUCCCAGAUCCAACGAUGAUUUUGUCAUUUGAUGUCAAUAAUGAGAAAUUCAGAGAGAUGGCAAUCCCUGAUGGAGAUAAAUUGAUCAAGCAAGAUCUGUUUGCGUUUAAGGGAAAUCUGGCUUUCAGUUCAUGUGGAUACCCUGAAAACGAUGAUGACUUACAGUCAGACUCGCAAUGCUUCAUUUGGGUAAUGAGGGAUUAUGGUGUACACGAAUCAUGGGAUAAAAUUUUUUCUAUCCGGCUUGAAAAUGUUGAUAUAAGUUUCUAUGGUUGCACUGAACAUGGUGAACUUCUACUUUACAAGAAAGUCAAGGAAGAAUCCAAAGAUGGUGAGAUAAAAAUACAUGAUUGGAAUGAGUCUACAAUUCUUUCAAAUGACAUUGCUAUUGUUUUACUAGACCCUGAGACUUUACAUGAGAAGGACCUUGGUAUCCUACGGUAUGUUACAGAUAUACUAACUACAUUCAAGGAAAGCCUUGUGUCACUUGAUGGAGCAACCGAGCUAUAUGGAUAAGAAGUGAAAUGAUUAGUGAUAAUCAUUGCAUUUUGUUAGGUAAGUGUUAGGUAAGUGUUAUAUGAUUGAGACCAUUAUCAUGUUGUUUACUUUGGUAUCAUUUUGUUUUGCGGUAGGCAUAGAUGUACUGAUAUGGUGUAGGUGAACUUAAUUCAGAUGUAUAUCAACACUUUAUGCUUGUGGCGAUUUCAUGAAAGA